AUGGCAUAUAAAUGGGAAAAGGAAGUGUGUGAUGAGGGAAUAAGUGCUGGCGAAUCUAUAAUCGACUACACAUUCAUUUCGGAAAACGGUUUCCUAUUAAUCGUGUUACUUACCGAUUUUGUUUCACUUCUUUUAAUGCGGUGCGAUUUUCCUUUUCGGAAAACACCGCUUAGGAAUGAUGGAAGAAGAUUUUAUAUCUCUGUGUUGUCUGAUGGUUUAUUAAGCGAUCAAGUAAGAGUAGAGUCGCGGAACAUAAUUAGGGGAGAAGGAACGGAGGAAGGAGGAAAGGAGGAGAAGGAGGGGGAGGGAUUUUUCUCAGCAGAAAAAAUUUUUUCAGGCAAUUUAAAAGUAAAUUAUUUUGGCGGAAGUAAUCGUGCAAAACAAUCGAAGACGGUUUCUAUAAAAAGUUUUUCGCCAAAGUGGUCCGAAGCUUCAACACUUUGUCUUUUACCAAAUGCUACUUCUAUUGCUCUUGUUUUGCCCAAUGGAAAUAUUCUGUUAGUUCCAAUGAAAAAAGAUAUACCAUGGGGACGCAACAUUUUAUCUAAUGAUGAUAAAUCAGUUAUUUUAAUAGAUACAGAAGUUUCGGAAUACGAGUGCCUUCAUGUACCAACUGCUGCUGUCAGUUACGAUGCUCUUUAUUAUAAUCGUACUUUUGUUCUUUAUAGUAAUAAGGCUGGCCAAAUUCGUAUAAUCGAUUUAACUGUAAGAAAGGUGUCAAUCGUAAUACAAGCCCCGGAGAGUAUUCAUGCUUUACACUCAAUUAUUUCGGACCACAGUGUUCAUCUUCUUGUUACAGGAUUUACCGGUGCUCAGUGGUUUCUACCAUUAGAAAUUGAUGGAAAUAGUCUUCGAGGAACGCUUGGUCAAGUGAUUCCGUCUGAAUUGCAAAAAGUUGAUGAUCACCAUGCUUUGAAUGUUCUUCAUAAUCAGCAGAUUUCUUCGCUGAAUUUUGAAAAAAACGAAAUAAGUAUUUAUGAAGAUAUCCAUUUGAAGCACCUUGUGCAUACAUUUCCUGUGCCUGAAAAUACUUGGCUUGUUCAUAUUGCCGAAAAUGCCAUUUUUGCGAUAUCAAAUCAGACGUCCGUUUUUUUUGCCGUUCACUUGGGAUUAGUUCCACCUUUUUAUCCAUUUACCUUUGAAGAAUUGAAACCGUGUUUUCCUAAUGAAAAAAUUCUUGGUACAAUACCAGUUAUAUCUUCUGAUCCAGUUCCUUCAUGGAUUGCUGUAACUGAUAAACAAUUACUUUCUGUAUUGCCAAAAACAUGUCUGGAACAAAUGAUCGCUGAUAUUGCUGAAAGAAAUAAUUACUCCUUAGAGAUAUGCGAUAAUAUCGCCAAACGAUUUCAUUAUGAUCGAAACACUUACUAUAUGGAAAUCAUUGGUUUAACGCUAAAAAAAAUGGAUCUUUCGAAUGAUAACUCAUUAAAACUCUCAAUGUUAAUGAAAUUAGCUUUAGAUGUUCCAUUAGAUGUAGAUGUGGUAUUAGAUGUUUUCGAAGAAUUUGGUGUAUCUUAUUUGUUUCUUCCUUAUGUUCUAAAUCAGUGUGAAGCUGAUGCUAAUAAUGAGCACAGGCAUAAAGUUGUUAAUCUUUAUUUGUCCCGACUAAAGAAAUUUCCAGCUGAAAAAGAAUUCAUCGAGCAACAAUUGAGAAUUUUUUUAAUCAAAUACCGCGAUGUCUGCGGAGAUAUAGAAAGUUUGCUCGAAAAUAAUUUCUGGAGUUGUAUUUCUGUGGUUGUGUCGCGGAAUUUGCGGAAUAUGGAGUAUCUUUCCUCGUAUUUAGCCAGUAAUAAGACCUGGCCUGUUGAUCAACCAUUUCAUAUUGUGAAAUCAUUAUCCUUAUUAAACUGGAAUAUGAUUACCAUUGUCGAUCUUUUAUUGGCGCGUUUAUGUGAUUUUCUUCCUUUCUUGAAAUCUGCUUGGCAAAUUAGAAUUUUCGCUAAAAUUGCGCAACAGCACAUUGAAAAAUAUCCUCGAUUAAGUAUUAUUCUAUAUACUCUUUCUAUGUUGCGUUUGCUUAAUUCUACGAUAUCAAUUAAUUAUUCAAAAUUGAUUACCAAUUCGAUCGUAUCUUGUGGAUCAAACUGUUCAGCAGUUGUCUCAGAAGAUGAAUCACUUGUAUUUUGGGGCGAAUUUUGUUCAGGAACUAUUAAAGGAAAAGAUAUUGGCAAACAGAGUUAUUCAGAUAGUUUCGGUAUAUCGAGGGCUUUUAAUAUGUGCCUGAUACCUUUAAUGCCUGAUAUGCCUGAUCGUAUUUGCAGUGUAUCUUGUGGUACUGAGCAUGUAUUAUGCCUCACAGUCUGUGGCGAGGUAUAUUCGUUUGGCUCCAACAGGUUUGGGCAAUGUGGUACUGGAAAUAAGCUCGAAGUUCAACAACCCACUCGAAUUGAAGGCUAUAUCGGAGUGCGUUGUAUACGUGCUGGUCAUUAUCAUUCGAUGUUGAUUGAUUCAGGAGGUCGAGUCUUUGCUUGGGGUUGGUCAUUAUAUGGACAACUUGGUUUAAAUCGGAAAAAAUGCAAUGAAGAUGUCACUCUUCCUAUGCUUGUAGAAUCUAUAAGAGAACCAGUUAUUGAUAUUUCGUGUGGAUAUGCACAUACAGUAUUUUUAACAGCGUCUGGAUCGGUUUUAACUUGUGGCUGCAAUACAUAUGGCCAGUUAGGUUGUGAAAAACAGUUGAAAAAGAGAUAUUGUCCAGAUGUUAUUCCCUUUACCGAAAAAGUUAUUAUGAUCUCUUCCAAGUUUUUCCACAGUUUAGCAAUAACAGAGACGCAAAGGAUUUUUCAAUGGGGAAUUAGUCCGCAAACAUUACGGAUGAAAAUGUAUAUAUUAAGGCGCUUCCGUUCUGCAGCUAAAGAAGCAAUUAAUAAUGCUCCGGCUUGUGUGGAAAAAAUGCCAGAAAACCGAGAACUUGGUGUCGAGCACCAGAUGCCUCUUCAAGUGGAACACUUGAUACCUGAUAGAAUAGCCUUUAUUGACGCCGGUUAUACACAUAAUGCAAUCGUUACUACCACAGGAAGUCUGUAUACGUGGGGAAAAAGUUUUGAUAUGCAGCUGGGUCAUGGAAAUAAAAAAGAGCAAGAGGAACCUCACCAAGUGUUUGAACCAAAAGGCAUAAUUUGGCGUUAUGUAUCUUGUGGCCUUGAUUUCACGGUGGCUGUGGCAUCAGAUGGAAGCGUUUAUGCGUGGGGCCGCAACGAUAGGGGCCAUUUAGGUAUUCGUAGGAAGUCGGUACCAUCUGCGCCUCGUAAAUUGAUUAUCAAAAAUGGCAAAGGCAUAACGAAAAGUAUACAGAUAAAUAAUAACGAAAAUACUUGUAUUCCGAUUGCAACCAAGCUACCUUUUGUCAUCGCUUUCACUAAAAUAGGCAUCAUAAUCUUAAAUGAGCAAUAUCUUAAAUGCAUUGUUGUAGAUGAUCUGUCGCUCGAUGUAUGCUGUGCUAAAUUUAUUCGUUUACUGAAGAAGGCAGAUCCAAAUGCUAUCAGCGAAAUUUCCACAUAUUUAUUGAAAAAUCCAGUAGAUUGUUUUGCUUCCAUUUUUGUCCAUUUGCUAGCUGGUGAUUUAGUAAAUGCAACCCAAGUAUUUUCUCGUAUAUUAAAGUCAAAUAUAAGCAUCAUGAAUGAAGGAUUGCUAAACAAACAUUCCGAAUCGUCCAAUAAAGGGAAAAUUGAUUUAUUAAUUGAUAUGUUUUGGGAACUUAUCACAAAGCAGUCGAAUUUUUUGAUUCAGUGGAACGCGCUAUCAAAUCUUCAAUCUUUUUUAAUUUCAAAUGAUAUUCUCUUACAAAAUAAAAGACUUAAUGCUCAUAUUCCUCUAAUUUUUAUUAAUUCCGAUGAGAGGUUGCUGAAAUUACAACCAAGUGAUAAGUUGAAACUUGUAGAAAAUUGGAAAUGCGAUGUUUUAUUGAAUUCGAUUGUGCAAAUUCCUCAGAAGGAUAUCGCGAAUAUGGGCGCUAGAAUACGAUAUUGGAAUUGUUGUGGUACUAUUGAAAAAUAUAAUAAUAUGCGCAAUAUACCAACAAAUGAUCGAAAGCGUGUGUGUUCAAAAUGCUCGGAAGUUUGGAAACAAGCAGUCAAAUCAAAAUUAGCUAAAAUUUUUUAA